AGUUUCACUUACUACACGGACCUCGACCUGUGAAGCUGGAACCUGUCCCUCUAAGAUCAUGACAUCGAACAGCACCUGGUUGCAGGCAAACUGCACUGACGCCUGUUGGCAUCCCAGUUCCUCCGCAGGUGUAGCCGUGGGACUUCCACUCUUCUUUAUUUUCCUUGCCAUCGUGAUCGGAGUGCUUGCAUUCAUAUACUGGAAUAAAAUCAGGACUUUGCUGGGGUCUGUACAGAGAAGAGACCAGGAGAAGGAGGUCUCUGCUGAAAGCCCACAAAUUGAUGAUAACCAGUACACCAGUAUGACCAGAGGACAGCUCCAGCCCCAGCCCCAGUCUCCAAUCUAUGAAAACCUGGGAAAUAAGAAGGCUCCAUUCAACAGGCCUGAUGCAGAACAGAGCAGGUUGCCUGCUCAGAGUGAAGAGGACGUGUACAUUCAGUGUGAAGAGAUAGAUGACGGAAUAUACAGCAAUGACCCAGAGUUUAACCCCAAACCACCUGAGCCCCACGAUGAAGACGUCUACCUCAUGCCUGAUUCCUGAAGGCAUGGAUGGUUGUCUGUAUCAAGAGUUGCAUAUUUGGAGACGUUUAUGAAUGAAUGAAUGAAUGAAUUUAUUUUCACUAUAGUCAUGUACAUUGAGAUUCUAGUCAGAAAGAGCUCCAAAGAUAGUCUAAGAAA